UUAACAUAUUAAACAAAAAAAUUAAUGAAAAAACUAAAACAUCCUUAUUAUAGAACAAUAACAUCGAACAUUCAAUAACCAAAUAAACCAAAAAAAAAAAAAAAGUAUUAAAAAUCAUUUGCUUCAAAAAAACAAGUCUUUUUUCUUUCUGCUCAAACCUCCUCUCCCGGGAGGAAGGAAUGGAGAUAGAAAAGAGACCAACAAAAAAACACAAACACUAUUCUGAAAAUCUUUUUCUAUCUUCUUCAUCGCCAUCAUCAUCAUCUUCUUCUUCAUUUUCAUUAUUAAUAUUACCAUUAUCAUUACCAUUCUGGAUGGCUUUCCUCCUGGUCCUAAUCCUCCUACCCUUUAAUGUCUUGAUCCCUGCAGUCUCAGCUGCGGCGCCCGCCGCUGCCUUCAUCCCACAAGACAAUUUUCUUAUCGAUUGUGGGGCAACCACAGCAAUUACUUCACCAGAUGGAAGACUUUUCAAGACAGAACCACAAGCUGCUCAGUUCAUACAAGCGGCGGAUGACUUCAAAAUCUCUGUCCCUGCCGCUGAUGUCCCUUCUCCAAUUUAUCUAACGGCCAGGAUCUUCAUCCAAGAAGCCUCUUACUCAUUCCACUUGACCCAACCAGGAUGGCAUUGGGUUCGAAUCCAUCUAUUCCCAAUGAACAACACCAUUUUUGACCUCCAAAAAGCAACUUUCACCGUUACCACCGACAAAUACGUCCUUCUCCAUAGCUUUAAUGUCAACAAUACAAAUCAAGCUUUUGUUAAGGAGUAUUUGGUCAAUGCUACAGACCCGCGUUUCACAAUCAAAUUCUCUCCACAAAAAAAUUCAGCAGCUUUUGUCAACGCAAUUGAGGUUGUUUCGGCCCCAGAUGACAUCAUAAACGAUGUUGCAUCGAACCUUUUACCGGUUGGAAACUAUCCCGGAUUAUCAAACUUCGCUUUCCAACCAGUUUACCGACUCAAUGUCGGGGGCCCGCUGAUAACAUCUUCAAAUGACACUCUUGGUCGAACUUGGGCGAAAGACGAUGUUUAUUUAAAAUCCCCAAAUUUAGCCAAAAAUGUCGUAGUUUCAGCUUCUAUCGUUAAAUACCCACAAGGAGGUGCUUUAACACCGUUAAUAGCUCCCCAAAUGGUCUACGCAUCCGCAGUUGAAAUGGCUGACGCAGGCGUUAACAACCCAAAAUUCAACGUGACAUGGAAUUUUAACGUUGAUGGAGCUUUCACUUACCUUCUCCGUCUACACUUUUGUGAUAUCGUUAGUAAAGCGUUAAAUAAUCUUUAUUUCAACGUUUAUAUUAACGGUCAAAUAGCUAUAUCUGACUUGGACUUGUCACAUACAUUGGGGGCUUUAGCUGUCCCAUACUUCAAGGACAUUGUGGUAAAUUCAUCUUUUGUAUCUAACGGAUUACUAACGGUUCAAAUUGGUCCAUCAAAUUUAGGGUCGGGUGACCUUAAUGCAAUAUUAAAUGGUUUGGAGGUUAUGAAAAUGAGUAACACGGUUGAGAGUUUGGAUGGAGAAUUUGGGGUGGAUGGACGUCAAGAGACGUCGGGUUCAAGGCGGGGGACAGUGGCGGCAGUCGGGUUCGCGAUGAUGUUCGGAGCUUUUGUAGGGUUAGGGGCAAUGGUGAUAAAGUGGCAUAAAAGGCCUCAAGAUUGGCAAAAGAGGAAUAGUUUCUCUUCUUGGCUUCUUCCAGUACAUGCUGGUGACACUAGUUUUAUGUCUAGUAAAAAUUCAGGUUCUCAUAAGACAGCAAAUUUCUACUCUUCCACUCUUGGCCUUGGAAGAUACUUCUCCUUUGCUGAGCUUCAAGAAGCCACCAAAAAUUUUGAUGCCAAUGCGAUAAUUGGUGUUGGAGGGUUCGGAAAUGUCUACAUAGCUGAGAUCGACGAUGGAACAAAAGUUGCUGUCAAAAGAGGAAACCCUCAAUCUGAGCAAGGCAUAACUGAAUUCCAAACCGAAAUUCAAAUGCUCUCGAAACUCCGCCACCGCCACCUUGUCUCCCUAAUUGGCUACUGCGACGAGAAUUCUGAGAUGAUUCUCGUCUAUGAGUACAUGUCCAAUGGCCCCUUCCGCGACCACCUCUAUGGGAAAUCCCUCACUACCCCACUAACAUGGAAACAACGCCUCGAGAUCUGUAUCGGGGCAGCGCGUGGCCUCCAUUACCUCCACACUGGCACAGCCCAAGGAAUCAUCCAUCGCGACGUGAAGACGACAAAUAUUCUCUUGGACGACAACUUCACUGCCAAGGUUGCUGAUUUUGGGCUCUCCAAAGACGUGGCAUUAGGACAAGGCCACGUCAGUACAGCUGUGAAGGGUAGUUUCGGGUAUUUAGAUCCAGAAUAUUUUCGACGUCAGCAACUUACAGAUAAAUCUGACGUGUAUUCAUUUGGUGUCGUUUUGCUCGAGGCGCUUUGUGCUCGACCAGCUAUAAAUCCUCAGCUACCACGCGAGCAAGUCAAUUUGGCUGAUUGGGCUAUGCAAUGGAAGAGAAAAGGGUUGCUUGAUAAGAUCAUUGACCCGCUUUUGGUUGGAGCUAUAAAUCCAGAAUCCAUGAAGAAGUUUGCCGAGGCAGCCGAAAAAUGCCUCGCUGAGCACGGUGUUGAUAGGCCCACUAUGGGAGAUGUGUUGUGGAAUUUAGAGUAUGCUUUGCAACUCCAAGAGGCUUUUUCGCAAGGAAAAGCCAAUGAAAACGAGCAAGGAGGAGGAGAGAGUACUCCGGCGACAGAUAAUCGACCAGUGUCAUUACCAGAGGAGAGUAACAAGAGUCCGGCUGAAGUUCAAGCGACCAUUGAUGAACACUCUGGAACUGCGAUGUUUGCCCAAUUUGCUAAUCUCAAUGGUAGGUGAUGAUGAAAAUGAAAGGGGAAAAAAUAAGCAAAAGUUUAUUAUUAUUACUCCAAAAUGAUCCCUUUUUUCUUAAUUUCUAAAUGGGGUUAUGUAUUUGAUAUAUUUAUAGUUAAUUAGGGUUUCAAUGUAUAACAUUUGUUUGGGUCUAGGGUUCAUAUACUCUAGUAUUUGUUUGUUUGUUUCUAUUAUAUAUUUAGACUCACUUUGGAUUUAAUUUCCAUAUCAUAAGACCUUAUGUGUGUGCUUUGGAUUUUAUGGUCUUAUUAAAAGAAUAAUCUUUGAAUGAAAG